AUGAAGUUACGCUCUUCGAAAUCGGCAAGAGGAUACUCAGACCCAAUUCCGGUUGAUCUACUCAUCGAUAUAUUCUCUCGAGUUUCGGGAAAGUCUGUAGCUAGGUUUCGUUGCGUAUCGAAAUUCUGGGCAUCCAUACUUCGUCGUCCUGAUUUCACUGACUUGUUUCUGACAAAGUCUACAACUCGUCCACGCCUCUUAUUCGCCUCCUUAGAAGCAAAUGCCAAGAUAUUCUUCUACUCUUCACCUCAGCCACAAAAUCCAGAUGAGAACUCUUGUCAAAAAAACUCUGGUCUUGUAGCCACCCGUUAUUAUAAGUCAUUUCCCGAAUACGUUCCAUCUAGUUACAGGACUCAACAGGUCUGUGGAUUGGUCUUUCUUCAGAAAUGGAACAGAAAGGUGAGGGUGAUUUGUAACCCUGCCACGGGACAGUUCCUAACCUUACCAAAAGUGCUUUUAAAAGAGAAAAACUUACCCAAAGAGAAAGCUAAGAUCAGUAACCCCACGAAGAUUACAAUAAUGUAUCUUGGUUAUGAUCCGAUCGGCAAACAGUUCAAAGUGUUGUGUAUGACUAUGACCUCGUCAUGUGAUGAAAGACUCAAUACUCAUCAGGUUUUGACAUUGGAGACUGGAAAACGUUUAUGGAAAAGGAUCGAACAAAGAUUCCGUUUUAUUGGGAAUAAGAGAAUGUGUAAUGAAGUAUGCAUAAAUGGUGUUUUGUAUUUCGGAGCUAGGUUGGGACGAUCUUCCGUGAUAGUUAGCUUCGACAUUAGGUCUGAAAAGUUCGGUUUUAUAAACACAAAUGAAGACUUGGGAUAUUGGGGUUCUUCUUAUGUUAAAUGGUCUUUGACUUUGUUCAACUACAAAGGUAAAUUAGGCAUACAUGAUCGGAAACCAAGAUUUCUAAGUGAAGACCACUUCGUGUUGUGGGUUUUAGAAGAUGUUGGAAAUCAUAAAUGGUCCAAGCAUGUCUACGUAUUGCCUCCUUUAGACAACAGGUAUUGGAUCAGCUUUGUUGGAAUGACUAGUACAGGUGAUAUUGUGUGGUCCUAUUACAAGAAAAAUUACGUUUACUUCUACAAUUUGGAGAGGAAAACUGUAACAAGAGUCAGUAUUCAGGGAUUUGAAGACUCUGCGCAUGAUCAUCAUGUACUUGUUGACACCUUUGUAGACUAUGUGGAGAAUAUGAAGUUUAUGUAA